ACCAGCACCAAAACUUUUGCCUCGAAUCUUGUUUUUUUUUAUUUCAGAGUUUUACCAAACUCUCAUCCGAAAACAUCAUCAUAACCACAUUCUUCCUCUCGCUCGACGCGCGGCGACGUAACCCGAGAUUCCCGCACUCGACAUACAUAAUGAGGUCAAAUUCGUCGUCGCGUCUAUGGGUUGGCCCACUGAUGCUUGUCAUCAUCAUUGCUCUAAUCUAUCUCCUCUCCUUAAUGCCAACAACGCCUCCGCAUUUGGCGAACAAUGGAAUGAUUGUGAAUGAUGCACAUACAGAGUAUGCAAUGAAGGGACAAGCACAAGUGGAUUGGCAAGAAAUAUACAAAAAUCAUGCAUCCAUUGAAGACAACUUGGGAUUUGAUCCAUGUCGACAUGGAGGAGUGACAAAUGAAACCGAUGGUUCUUGUGUAUGCACACGAUGGUAUUCUGGAGAUAAAUGUGAAACGCCGGUUUGUAUGAACGACGGGUACUUCAAUCACACUUUGGGACGAUGUGUGUGCACAUCGAAUUGGGUUGGAGAGCAUUGUAUAUUUAGAUGCAAUUCAGGAGUUGUUAACAAAACAUCAGGAUUAUGUGAAUGUCUAUUCGGGCGUCCAUGUACUAUUCAAAAGUGUAUAAAUGGCCAUUUCUUUGAUGGAAAGUGCGCGUGCUAUGAAGGAUUCACCGGGCCAGCUUGUACAAUUUGUGACGGAACAGUUCCAACCAUUCAAUGUGACGAAGUGAUCAGAAAACGCGGUUCCGUGAAUUCUCGAUUGACACUUUCUGGCCUCUCAUUCUGCAUUAUCACUAUUGGAUUGCUCUGCGUUGGAGCACAUCGUCGCCGAUCGGCUAUGAACCCGGUUACCGAAGAGACAUGGUACAGAGUAUUCCAUCCGAACAAUAAUCGACCAUUCAGUUCCAGAUGCAGACAUGAUUAUAUGUGUGGUGGAUCAUGGGUUCCCAGAGAUAGAGCAUUAAUUGUUGCACCUGGAAGAGUGUCAAUGUCAAGUACUAAUUCAAGAGUACACAGAUUGGCUACACCUCCACCAAGUUACACAUCGGUAGAUGAUCUCAACAGCGCUGAAGCUCAAACCCCGCCUACAUACGAAGAAGCGACACGAAUUGAAAUUGAGAAUGUUAUCGCAGAGGAAAUAGAAUCAGAAGAAGCCAAGGAUGAUGUGGGAGUUACGAUAGAAAUUCCUACAUCUUCAGAUGAAAUAGUAACAGAAGAAACGACAGAAUUGAACACUGAAUCCACAUGAUUUUUAGUGUUUUUUUUUUUUGAAUUUUUUAUGAUGAUUUUUCCUCUUUUUAUCAUUUUGUUGUACGAUUACCGGGUAUUUCAAAUUUACUUACAAAAAAGCAAAAAGCAAAAGACCAAACCGAUUUUUUUUUGAUUUUUCUUUCCCGUUUCCUUCCCUCCCUUUUCCCCGUUUACAUCCCAUACGAUUGCGUUUUUCGAGUUGCAGUUAGCCAUAUUUUUCUCCCGAUUUUGUCGAAUUUAUGACGGGUAUUUGUAUAGUUUAUGUGUGUUGUUGUUGAUAUAUUCACGUGACACAAAUGUGAAAAAUUGAACUAAUGAAGGUUUUUUCAUUC